AUGGGGGACCAGAGGCGGCUGGACCGGCCGAGGCCCCCGGGCAUGGACUCCAAGUCCUCGUCCUGUGACAAACAGCCUUCCAAGUGCUUCGCGAAGCGCAAGCACAGACGUCUGAGGUUCCCGCCCAUGGACCCUCGGAACCGGGUAUUUGUGACGGAGGGCGUGGACGACUUCCGCUAUGGCUGUCGGUCUCCCGAAGAUACGCUCGUUUGUCGCCGUGACGAGUUUUUACUCCCCAAAAUAUCUCUCAGAGGUCCCCAAGCUGACCCCAAAAGCAGGAAGAAAAAGCUGCGCAAGAAAGCGGCCCUAUUUUCCGAGCUCUCACCAGCCCAGCCAACAACGAAGGCGUUCGUAGAGGGAGUGGAAGCCCAGCUGACGGCCGAGCCUCCCUUGGCCAUGAACUCCAAUCUGGGAGAAGAUAUGCCUCCAGAUCUACUACGGGUGCUGAAACCGCUGGAUCCUGAGAGGAAGCUGGAGGACACAUGCGCUUGUAAGGGCCGGGAGAAGACAACCGAGGUACCCACCGAGCCUGGUAAAUACCCCUGUGGGGAAUUCUGCCCGCGGCCUCCCAAGACCCCGGUGUCCAGUCUCCGCCCAGAGCCUCCCAAGACUGGAGCGUCCCAUCUCCGCCCAGAACCUCCCAAGACUCGGGUGUCCAGUCUCCGCCCGGAGCCUCCCAAGACUGGAGCGUCCCAUCUCCGCCCAGAGCCUCCCAAGACUCGGAAUGGAGCGUCUCAUCUCCGCCCAGAGCCUCCCAAGACUCCGGUGUCAGGUCUCUGCCCGGAGCCUCCCAAGACUCCGGUGUCCAGUCUCCACCCGGAGCCUCCCAAGACUGGAGCGUCCCAUCUCCGCCCGGAGCCUCCCGAGACUGCAGUGUCUCAUCUCUGCCCGCUGCCUCCCGAGACUCUGGUGUCCAGUCUCCGCCCGGAGCCUCCUGAGACUGGAGGGUCCCAUCUCUGUCCGGAGCCUCCCAAGAGUCAGGUGUCUAGUCUCCGCCCAGAGCCUCCCGAGACUGGAGCGUCUAAUCUCUGCCCGGAACCUCCCAACACUCGCCGGGUGUCCAGUCUCCUACUACAGUUGCUGAAACUGGACUCUGACAGGAAGUUGGAAGAUGCACAGGCUCGUUGUGAGGGCCGAGAGACGACAACCGAGGAACUAACCAAGCCUAGUAAAUACUUUUUUUGGAAAUCCUGCCCGCGGCCUUUCGAGAGUCGUAUGCCCCAUCUCCGCCUGGUGCUUCCCAAGACUCGUCGAAUGUCCAGUUUCUGCCUAGAGCCUCGCAAGACUCGUCGAGCGUCCAGUCUCUGCCCGGAGCCUACCAAGACCGGAGUGUGCCAUCUAAAAGAACUGUUUCAGGAAGAUACACCAAGCACAAUGGAGUGCAUUUCUGACUCUCUUGAACGUGGAUUCAUAUCGAGAAAACUCCGUGACUUCAAGUGGGCAGGAAACCUGGGAGUUAAUGCAGAAUCCAUCAGCAGUCUGUUUGACUUUACCCCGGAGUGCCGAGCAACCUGUCAAGACGAAAACAUUGAGAAGGCAAACGAGUGUUCCUCAGAGCUGAAGUACAGCACGGAGCUAGAUGACAUGGAUGAGAUCGACUUCAGGCAGAUAAAAGAAUGGGACAGGAAACUCCAGGCGGCACCAAAUUCUUACAGUGCACAAGGUGUGAAGAUGAGGUAUGGGCCAUGGUACUUCAAGCCUAAGUUGGGGAAAAAACUAAGAAGUGAUGAACCUUUGAUUGACCCCAAACUCGUACUUGAAAAGCCUGAUGAACCCGACAUUCUUGACGGUCUUUAUGGACCAAUUGCCUUUAAGGAUUUCAUUCUAAGCAAGGGCUACAGAAUGCCUGGCAUCCUUGAAAGACUGUUUGCCAAGAAGGGAUGGACUUAUGACUCUGUUAAGACUCCUAUGCAACGUGCAAUGCAAGUUUACAAGUACAAAGAAGAUGUCACAGAUGCAUCGAAAGAAGAUUAGAUGGUUUGCAAUUUACUACUUAAUUGGGUAUUUCUUGCUCUCAUUUUAAACAUCAGUCAGAAUUUAUGAUGACUGGCCCCGUGAAUGUACAACUUUGGCAACAUCUGUAAAUUCAAUACCUAAUGUUUAUAAAUAUUACUUGAUGACC